GAAUAGAUAGCUGGGAAGCUGGCAUCUGAGGCAGUCAAAUGUUGCAUUUUCACUAUUUGCCAGAUGGACAACUGCUGAGGCGGGCACGGUGGUGACAACGACCAGAACGUUGCCUUCUUGCUGCUUAGCAAUGAGCACCCCUAAUUAACGUGAUUUUUUGAUGAUAAUCAGUCACAAUGGAAUUAAAUCAAAAAUCCGGGGAAGGAUUGGCCGGCACCCAGAAAGAAGCUGCCCUCCGCACAUUAAUUCAGCGCACGGGAUAUAAUUUGAUUCAGGAAAAUGGUCAAAGAAAGUAUGGAGGGCCACCACCAGGUUGGGAUGGACCACUGCCAGAAAGAGGCUGUGAGAUUUUCAUUGGAAAAUUACCCCGGGACCUCUUUGAAGAUGAACUUAUACCAUUAUGUGAAAAAAUUGGUAAGAUCUAUGAAAUGCGAAUGAUGAUGGACUUCAAUGGAAACAACAGGGGAUAUGCUUUCGUAACCUUUUCCAGCAAGCAGGAGGCCAAGAAUGCUAUCAGGCAACUGAACAAUUAUGAAAUUAGGAAUGGACGGCUCCUAGGAGUUUGUGCCAGUGUAGACAACUGCCGUUUAUUUGUAGGAGGGAUCCCUAAAACCAAGAAGAGGGAAGAAAUUUUAGCAGAAAUGAAGAAAGUUACAGAUGGUGUGAUUGAUGUGAUCGUAUACCCUAGCGCAGCUGACAAAACAAAAAACCGCGGAUUUGCUUUUGUGGAAUACAGCAGUCACCGAGCAGCGGCUAUGGCAAGAAGAAAAUUGCUACCAGGAAGAAUACAAUUGUGGGGACACCCUAUUGCUGUAGAUUGGGCAGAGCCAGAGGUCGAGGUCGAUGAAGACACUAUGUCAUCGGUAAAAAUCCUCUACGUGCGAAAUCUUAUGUUAUCAACCACUGAAGAGACUAUUGAAAAAGAAUUCAACAAUGUUAAGCCAGGAUCAGUUGAACGAGUAAAGAAAAUCAGAGACUAUGCAUUUGUGCACUUUAAUAACCGAGACGAUGCAGUGGAAGCCAUGAAAGUCUUGAAUGGGAAGGUGGUGGAUGGCUCUCCCAUUGAGGUUACAUUAGCCAAACCAGUAGACAAAGACAGCUAUGUGCGAUACACCAGAGGUACAGGAGGACGAGGGGCAGUUUUGCCAGAAUACACCUAUACAUUUGGGCAUGUCUAUGAUCCUGCCACAGCCUAUCUGGGAGCCCCAGUAUUCUAUGCACCUCAAGCCUAUGCUGCUAUUCCCAGCCUCCAUUUUCCAGCUGCCAAAGCACACCUGAGCAACAGGGGCAUUAUCAGGCCUCCAUCAAUCAGAGAAAUUUACAUGAAUGUACCUGUAGGGGCUGCUGGAGUUAGAGGACUAGGAGGCCGUGGCUACUUGGCUAACCCUGCCCUGGGUCGUGGUGGAUACCAACUCAAAGGAGAGAAGAGGGGAGAGGACAAACUCUAUGAUCUUUUGCCCGGAAUGGAGCUUACACCAAUGAAUCAUGUCAGUUUAAAACCACAAGGAAUUAAACUUGCUCCACAGAUAUUAGAAGAAAUCUGCCAGAAGAAUAGCUGGGGACAGCCUGUCUACCAACUUCAUUCUGCCAUUGGCCAAGACCAAAGACAGCUGUUCUUGUAUAAGAUCACUAUACCUGCCCUUGCCAGUCAGAAUCCUACCAUGCAUCCCUUCACGCCACCCAAGCUAAGUGCUUAUGUAGAUGAAGCAAAAACGUAUGCAGCAGAGUAUACCCUUCAGACCUUGGGCAUCCCCACAGAGGGAACAGAGACUUCAACUGCUGCAGCUCCUUUUCCAGGGUACAGCAUUGCUAAUGCAGCGGCAACUGUGGCAGCCACUCAGCUCAAGCAAGCUGUGACUCUAGGACAAGACCUGACCACCUACGCAGCAUACGAAGCAUAUCCUGCAUUUGCAGUAGCGGCUCGCAGUGAUGCUUACGGAGCUUUUUAAGAAUAAGCCUGCUUUAUACGUAAAGCAGCAUUUUGCCUUGAAUUGAAGCUGUGGGCAGGGGACAGGAGCUGCUUCAAGCUAAUGAUUAGCUGGACACGGUGAUUUUGAAUUAAUGAUUGAGCAAAUUUAUUGAUGGAAGGAUAAUUCUUUGCUGGUAGAUUAGCAGUUUAGUUAGGAUAAAUAAUGCUAACACUGAUAACUUUUUAAAAUGGCUUUAAGUCAUUUUAUGCCGAAAAAAAACCCUAUAACCUCAAAAAGGAAAAGAAAGCUUCUCAAAUUCAUCAUGUGGGGUUUGUGUUUACAAAUAAUGAUCCUUGAUGGAAAAUGUUCAAUAGUAUUUUAAAGAGUGCAAAGACACUUGGGGAUGUGUAACUAUUGCACCCAAUGUUUUCCUGGUUGUCAUGCGUUUUAUACAGUUAACAAUUCUUUUCGGCGGCUGCAGCCACAUGUACCAGGAGCCAUCAGCAAUUGUGCCUUAUCCAAGAUCCUUCCAAUAGGUGCAGUCACCAUGAUUGAUUGUGGCCCUUCUCUACUAGAAGAGGCACAGUGAAAAGCAGCCAUUUCAAAGGUGCUAGCUUCUCUUUUGAGACUUUCUUUAAAAGAAAGAAGUGUUUCUGGCCUCAUACUGGUAAAAGAAAUAUGACCAUAAUGUUUCAAAGGCAUAUCAAUUGGGGCCCCCACCCCAUUCUUGUUCAGAUACCUUAUUUAACUGAUCGAAUAGUUUUUCAAGGGCAGAAUAAUUAUUUUGAAGUUGUGAGUUCCAAAUAUACAAUGAGAGCAUGCUGCUUGGUCCUAACCAUCUUUACAUAGAAGUAAAACCCGCUACAUUCAAUGAGUCUUACGCCUGCAACCUUAUCCCAUUGUCACAAGUGAAUUUAAACUAGAUGUAUUUUUAACUACAUUUGUAAACCAAAUGAAAAUACUACAAGAGACUGCAUCUCAACUAAAACAAAACAGGAAAGUGUCACCUUAAAGACAGAACACUGUUUUGUGUUGCUGCUAUAGACUGACACAGCAUCCCCUCUGGUGUCUUCUGCCUUCUAAUGUUUUGUGUUGCUUUCCAGACUAAAAAUUGGAUCAUAUCACCACAAAUGAUUUAAACUGGAUGAUAUGCACAUGGGCUUCAAAGACAGCAUAGUGUCUUUGUUUUAAAAAAAUCCCUAUUGCAAUACAGCUCAAAGAAAAACCAGAGCAAGUUGUGAUGAUCAUAAAGAGCAAGCUUGGCUUUUGAUACUGUGAAGCAGCAGCUACACUGAAUGCAAGCAAGAGUAAUUCACGCAUCUGCUGCCAUUAUUUAUGUGUAACAUGAAAAUGGCUCAAAGAUGAGCACCUCUCUCUUUCUGGCUUUUUCCCAAAGCAGAUUCUUGACAGAUGUCAUGCUAUGAAUGCAUAGUAUUGCUUCAAUUGUUAAGGCAAUAGAAAUAGAGUUUUGGGGGAGAAAAGCUUUAGGAACCCUGUAAUGUCAAAGUGAUUUUCCAGUUACAGCACAGACUAUGCUUUAUAUUGGUUUACCAGUGUAAAUGCAAUGUGCCAUUAACUGAAGAUGCACCUUGGCUAUCAUCUGCAUUCUGUUCUUGAUAUUGAAUGCUCUUAUUGGUUGAUUUGAACCUGCCAUCUUUUUUUCAAGGAUUAGAGAAGGUUACAUGGUGUGAAUGGUAUCUAUUUUUCAGCCUGUUCUAGAGAAUUUCAGCUUGUAAGUAAUCCUUCGAUAAUCUCCCAUGCCAAAGAUAUCAGCUACUGAAAUAACCAACAGUGUCUUUUUAUAUUAACUGUUAGUAUCACUAGCAAUUGAAUUUUAGAAGAGGUCCACAAAAUGGCUACCGGGUAGCCAGUUUAGACUAUAAAAUUAAUUCUGAUGACCAGCUGGAAAAACCUUUAAUAUAAUGUUUUUUAAAAAAAAAUAAUGAAAAGUAAGAGUGCCUCUUUUGAAAAGGUCAGGCUAUGUUUUAUGUUGAGAUCAGUGUUCAAAAUCCCUUGGCAUAUACACUAUAAAACCAGCUCACCAAACAGUGGCUACAGAAAAGAAUACACUUGGGCCGAUUCCUCACUAGACUUGUUCCGGUGUCAGAGCUUCCCCCCCCCCCAACACUUUUGUCUGAUUUCGCGACCUGCCCCACUUCUUUCCCACUGCAAGCAGAAACCGGUUUUCAGAGGAUCUUGCUUGCCAUGGGAAAGAGGUGGGGCAAGUCGCAGCCCCACAGUAGCUUGUACAAAAUUGAACAGAAGCAUCAGGGGAAAAAGAACUCAGAUGCCGGAACAAGCCUAGUGGGGAAUCGGUCUUGGAAAGCCAAACCUUGUGGCUACUAGAAACAAUGAGUGGCUUUCCAAGAACAGCACCAAGUUUGGAACCCUUGACUUUUAAACUUCAGAGCCAGAAUCUUAUAACCAGGACUGAUAGUACAUGUUCUCAAUUAAUGUUCCCUCUAAGCUACAGAGUCUUGUGAUUAAAAAUUCUACUUUGUGAGCUACUGGCAUUAAAGUUGCGAGCUACUGCAUAAGUUAGUGUGCUCUGGGGGCAUUUUUCCUGAGCUAAGACAAAAAUGUGUGAGCUGGAGGCUAAAAAUCUGUGAGCUAGCUCAAGCUAACUUAGCUUAGAGGGAACACUGGUCUCAAUCAGUGUCUCUUUUAUAAUUCCAUUUAAGCCAUUGAAGUUUGGUACCUUUUGGAAUUUAGUGUCACUACAGUGAAGAAUAACUGUGCUCUCCCAUAAUAUGUAACCCAGAAAGAAUCACCACUUUCCCCAAGUACAGGGAAUUUAUUUGGUUUUAUGAAACACACUAGGGAGCUUUCAGCUCUAUGCAAAACUUUCUAAAGCAAGAUUCACUGGGUCAUCUGAUUAUCUGUUUGAAUUUCAUCCCCAGUAGGAAGUGAAAUCUCCUCCUCAACAAAUUCUUCCAUAAAAUCACCUAUGCAAAGGGCUUGAUCCAAAGUACAGAGGGUGUCCCAGAACCCUGUUCCCCCCCCCCACACACACACACACACGUACAGUGUACACAAACACACACGCAUGAGAACGCACCCAAGCACACACAUAAUGUCAGGCAUUAUAGAGAAUGGGAGGAUAACAGUAUUCAGUCAAGGAAUGCAAAUUCUGAGGUGCUACAUGCCUUUGAGCUCAGAAGGGCCCCCUAUGGACCUACACAUGUGCCCUCAGUGAGACUGAACUCUUACUGCACCCAGUUUUCAGGACUGGAUCUACAUGUUUUUUGAGGGGGGGCAAAAUUGAAAAAUGACUCGCCAUUAUGGGCUAUUCUGUCUUAUGGUCCCAUAGAAUACAAUGAGCUCUAUACCCAAUGUGGCACACACACCCCUCCGUCAGCGCCCAGGGCAAACACCCCCCUCUGCUCCCCCUCCCUUAAUCCAGCCCUGCCAGUUUUAGACUGUAAACAGAACAUGAAAUGUAAAGCAAGGUGGGGAAACUGUGGAACUUCAGUUGUCCAAAAGACUCCACAGGCAUACAGAAUCCUGGCAAUUGCCCAUUGGCAAGGGAACCCCAGCAUAACACUGAUAUCUAGACCCAAGCUUCCCAGCCUCAGUUCCAGCCCCUAGUUAAUAAGUUCCAACGAUCUAUCAUAUUAAUUCAAAACAUAUAGAUACUCUGAUGUACCAAAAUCAAUUACUACUGUAAUGGCUCAAGUUUGCCUCUGAAUACUCAUUCCUGAAACCAAGCAGAAACCCCGCCCCCAUGCCCAAGACUGCAGAAGCCAGGUCAUAACAUAGUGCCCAGUCCUUCCUGGCACCUAACCAAGUGGAUUCUUUCAAUCCACUUUCAGUGCACUUUCCAACUGGAUUUUGCAGGUUCUCAUAAUAAAGUGCACUGAAAGUGCAUUGAAAGUGCAUUUUUUCAUGUGUGUGAUCACAGCCUAUGCUUCCUUUCUGCCUGUGUAUUUGUCCAAUGUGCCAUAGGAAAUAGUUUAAACCCAAGCCAAGUGCAAACAGUAUUACCUGUGGUUUUAGCUCUACCUGCCCUUACAAUAACAUGCACCUAUAAAGUUGCCUCAUAUUGAAUCAGGCCGUUGAUGCCUUUUACCAGAACUGACAGUGUCCCUUUUUGUCUCAGGCAAGGGGUGUUUCCAGCCCCCCAAUCUGAGGUUAUCUUUUUAACCUGAAGAUGUCAAGGAUUGAACCUGGGACAGUCUGUAUGUGAAAUAUGCACCUUUCAAUCUUCGGUAGCCUUUUCCUACUACCAGAAUUUGAGGAGGGGGAGUGUUUGCCAAGGGCAUGGGGAAAUCUCACAUGACCCCUCACUUCAUGAGACAGAUGUGAUAUGGACCCAUGGAAAGUGAACACUGAUCCUACCACAUUCUUUUACUGUUGAUCCGCUUGUCAGAGCUCCCCAGAAUUACAAUAAUAUUAAGGGAAAUUCUUGCCACGGAGAGAAUAUUUUUCCUGAAUUUUUAUUUGUUAAGUAACUAGCCAUCCUUACUCCCCUUAUCUAUUUAUAAACAGUUAGCAGGUGCCAAAGCCACAGAAGCAGUAUUAAAAAAACAAGUGUGCAUAUAAGCACUUAUUUUUUUUGUAUGUGUGUGUAUGUUUAGUACAGUCUUUGUAUAGAAUUCCAGCACUGUGAACUUGUAGAUGUAGUUUUAUUUAGAGCGACAGUUUGUUUUGAAAAGACAGUGUAAGCUUGCAUCUCUUGAAGUCUGAAUCAUGAAUUAAGAGAAAUCAUUGGUAAAGCUGUUCUGCAAAUCAAACGGUGAUCAGAUGACCUAAGUAAUUAUUAAACUUCUGAAACCUGA